AUGGUUGCCUCGCAACAGACAACCACAUCGUGCCUCAUCCUCGGCCACAACGGGACUCGAAUAAACCGGCCCGGCCAGGCCACAAGUCCGCCUCAGAUCGCAGACUUGGGCCGAAUGGCAGUCGAUUUUGCCCAAACCGUGGCUCCGGCCUCUCGUCGAAAGUGGGCAAACUUUAUUGCCUUCAUUGCCUCCCCUCAUUAUUGGACUCACGACGAUGCAGAUCGCCUGACUCCCUUCUCGAGUGAGCGCAUGCCUUCUCCUCUCGAAGGCUUUCCCCAUUCCGAGGCUUCACCUCGCCCUUCCGAUGCAGUAAUUGCACUUAAUUAUAUUCCGGUAUCCUCUGUCGACUCACAGCUUGGCAUACAAUCCCCCCAACGAUCAAUCGGGGCGGGAGGCAAUGUCUUCUCGUGA